AAAGGGAGCCGGGCUGUGCAGUCAGAACUCAGAUCAGCUCCUCUACCGAAGCUAAACUCUAGCUUUCACCCAGACAAGAAAGAAAAUACUUUGACCGGAGCAGCAGAGAAACUCUACGAGACGGACGGGACAAGAGAUCAACUUGAUCGCCUACAGAACGGUUUCCUCGAGCUCAAACUCUGAGACGACAAGGGAAGAAACUUCCUCAACGAGAAUUAAGGAGAAACUAGACUCUAUUUCUACAAGGAAGACGACAUGUCUGCCGCAAUGAAGAAAAUGAUUUUGCUGCCUUUCCUGUGCAUCAUGCUCUCAUACAUGGUUGCCGGUCAGGAGUGCAGCAACCAGUGCUCGUGCCCCUCCACCCCCCCUCAGUGCCCCAUGGGCGUGAGCCUGGUGCUGGACGGCUGCGGCUGCUGCAGGGCGUGUGCCAAGCAGAUGGGCGAGCUGUGCGCCGAGAGGGACGUGUGUGACCCCCACAAAGGCCUCUACUGUGACUUCGGAGCCCCCAGCAACAGACGCAUAGGAGUGUGCACAGCUCGAGACGGAGCCACCUGUGUGUUCGGAGGCAUGAUAUACAAGAGCGGGGAGACUUUCCAGAGCAGCUGCAAGUACCAUUGCACCUGUCUGGACGGAGCCGUGGGCUGCGUCCCGCUUUGCGCCAUGGACGUCAGGCUGCCCAGCCCCGACUGCCCGAUGCCGAGACGCGUCAAGGUGCAGGGGAAGUGCUGCGAGGAAUGGGAGUGCGACUCUCCCAACAGACGCAGCUUCCUGGGCUCCGCUCUGGCCGCCUACAGAGAGGAGGAGACCUACGGCCCGGACCCCUCCAUGAUGAGGGAGAACUGCCUGGUUCAGACGACCGAGUGGAGCGCGUGCUCAAAGACCUGCGGCCUCGGCAUCUCCACCAGGGUCACCAACGAUAACGGCGAAUGCCGCCUGGAGAAACAGACCCGGCUGUGUAUGGUCCGACCAUGCGAGUCCCAGCUGGAGCAGAGCAUCCGGAAAGGGAAAAAGUGCAUCCGUACACCCAGACUGUCCAAGCCCAUGAAGUUCGAGAUCUCCGGCUGCACCACCACCAAGUCCUACAGGCCAAAGUUCUGCGGCGUCUGCCUGGACGGCCGCUGCUGCACCCCGCACAGAACCACCACCCUGCCCAUGGAGUUCAAAUGCCCCGACGGACAGUUCAUGAAGAAGCACAUGAUGUUCAUCAAGUCCUGCGCCUGCCACCACAACUGCCCCGGGGAGAACGACAUCUUCGAGUCCAUGUACUACAAGAAGAUGACGGGAGACAUGGCGUGAGCCGGCCGAGAACGGACGACCGCCGCGUGCGACUUGAAAACCAAACAGAACUCCAUCUCAUUUUGCAGCUCAUCGUAUAUUAUUAUUUUUUUCUCUCUCUCUUCUUCUCAUUUUUCUCAUUGUAAAAGUAGUCGAGACACUUGUGUAAGUGUCUGUGUGUUUUCGUAUUGGCCGGCACGCGUCGGCCACAUAGACUCAGACAGAGGGUUGCAUCGCAGCUCCAAGAGAUUCCUGCACUAUAACUUCUAUUUUUUGACAAGCCUGCUGUCGGGUUGCCGCCCCUUUCCCCUCCUUGAAAUCCCUUUUUACAGACUUGUCCAUUUUACUGUAUGCAUUUAAAAAAAAAAACGUAUCUAAACCUUGACGUCCCCCCCCCCCCCCCCCAUCCUGCGGGCCCAGACCAGACCUGGAAACUCUAAGCAGCUGUAGAUGUAGCACGCACACCACAGCAGGCCAGUGUUCCCCUGUGCAAACAGGUCUGAAUGUGUCCUCGUGUGUGUGUGUGUGAGAGCAUGUGUGUGUGAACAUGUGUGUGUGUGUGUGUGCGUGAAUGCCGGCCUUGUCUCCUACCUCUAAGCAGGUCUCCCUGCUCACAGAGUAGAGGAAAGGUCAGAGUUUCCGCCCAGUAUGUGGAUGAGAAGGCAGCGUGCUGAGUUUAAGGUUAGAUAUGCAACAGAGUGGACUUUGCCACGGCACUGAGAAAAGCAAAAAAUAUAAUUAAAAAAGAAAUGACAUGCUGACUUUUACUGAUUCAGGUCAGACGGAAGAAACCGAGUGGUUACAGGAACAAAGUGUCUAUUUUGGACACAAAUAGAAGAAACGACUGGAAGAAUUGUAAUUUCAUUCCUUUUUUGUGUGUGUAAAUGAUGUAUAUAUAUUUGUACAGUUUAAGUUAAUUUAAAAGCCAAAUGUGUUCUGUGCUUGGAAAUGUUUCGAUAGUGUCUUUUUUGUGGACAGUAUUUUUUACUAUUUUAUUGAGAAGUGUGACGAAGAUGUCACAUGUUUCACUUUGUAGCUGGAAAUAAAACGUUAUAUUUUUUUAUACAAA